AUGUGCUACGCGACUGGAAUACCAUUAAGAAUCGUGGAGGACCCUGUCAUGAAGCGUUUUUUUUUCCAGGAAAGCUUGUCCAUCUUUAAGCUACCGUCGCGGAAUCUCAUUGGAGGACCUCUCCAAGAGGCAACCUACAAAAAACGCAAAGAGAACAUCGUUAAGCAGCUCAAACAGCAGCAGUACUUGGCUUUGUUCACCAAGGGUUGGUCCGACACAAACAACUCCAGUAUCGUAAAUUUCGUGUUGGUCUCUCCAACUAUGAAGCCUGUAUUCUGGUCAUCAAUUGCCAUUGGUGAAGACGAGCACUCGGGAAAAUAUAUUGCCGAAUGCAUUGAUCGUGUUAUCGACGAAGUGAAAGUGGCAAUCGGUUCCAAGGGUAUUUGCGCUGUCGUCACAAAUAACGCGAAAAAACAUGAAGUCGGCAUGGGAGCAAGUGAAGGCGAAGAGGCCCUAUGUCUACUGCAACGGUUGUGCAGCACAUGGCUUCAAUUUGCUAAUGAAAGCCGUCAUGAAGAUUAG